AUGCUUUGCACUCCCACAGGCCCUGAGGGCGGCUUUAACUUUGGACAGAAGCAGAUCGAACCGGAUGAAUUCUACCCGAGACCGUCCACCAGGUACCAGUGAGGAUGUUGUUGUUGUCAGCCUUGUUGUUUUUUCUUACACUUGUGACACCAAAUUAAGCAUUUUUUUGGGUAUUCCUUGCAAAAUUAAUGACAGUGAUAUAUUUUUUGAGUCACUGGCGUUUCCUAUGCCGCUUGCUCUCUUACUUGUGAUUUGAUUUUAUAUCAGUUUCCAUCAUUGAAUUAUACUUUGUGACAUCAUUUUUUGGGGGAAUUUAUUUUUUCUUGACCAAUUAGACCAUUUUUUGUGAUGUAACCUUUAUUUUUAUUAUCAAAAGUUGCCUAAUUCCUUGGUGGCUAUCAUCAAUGAUGUUAUUUUUAUUUCCCCAUCAAGUUCGGCUCUGAUUUCCCUCUCCAAAUCCCUUGUUAUUUACAAAAAUUGAUUAAGAUUUUUGGGUUGAGCUCCGUCUUUUGUGUUAUUUUGGGUGUGAGGGUCACUCUCGAAUCAGCUCAGGCAGCCCCCCUCUCUGACCCCUCUCGAGUCUUCAUUUUUCUGUUCAAAUUCGUGAUUUAGUGAGAAGAAAAGAGUGCAUCCCCCUGCGCACCUUUUUUAUAACCCGGCUAACUCUGAUGGAGUGACCGACGAAUUAGUCAAAAUAAGAAGAGUUUAUUGGUUUACAUACCUGAUGUUCUCGUGUUUGACUUUGCUCUUUGGGGGGUUAUUUUGGGCCCGAGAUUUGAACAUUACUUGCGUUGGGAAAGGAGAUGUUCUGGGAUGAAAAUUUGACUAAAGUCAUUCCAGAUCCGUUUUCAUCCCUUUUUUAGAGUCUUUAAUUUACUUAAAAAAAAAUUUUUAAAUAAAAUUUUUAAAAUAAUUUAAGAUCAAUUAUACGCACUUUCCCAUAAUUUUUUGACCUGGCAACCGAGCUUAUUCCAUUUCUGUAAACUUUUUAAAUCAUCUUUUUUCCGCGCUCCUUACGUGGAUGAAAUCUGAUUUUCUCCAGCCCUCUGACUACCAGAGUCAUAUGUUCAGCAGUUAACUGAGCUGUCUGUCGAUCAAUUAUACCCCAGAAUGAUUCUUCGCUUCCAUUAAUCUUCUUCUCUUUGAUGUUGUUCGUGAUUGUCGUAUCUUCCUUUAUCUUUGAUUACGUUGAUUUUCCUCCAGUGUUAUGAGCACAUUGGGUCCGAUGGUAGUGAUGGAAGGAACCCAAUCCAACGGCCAGAUGCCACCCAACUCAAACAUGGUUCAGAUGGCCCCCCAAGGCCCGUAUUUUCACCAGAUUCCGAAUCAGAUUCCCCCUCAAUUCAUGACUUAUCGAGGUCCUCCUCCCGGUCAGCAUAUCUCGGUUCCCAGCUCAGCAGCUCCACCUCCAGCACCCUCAACGACCUCGUUAAAUCGGAGUCAGCGGUGUGGAGUCUGCAGGGGAUGCCAAUGCAAGCCUUGCGGACAGUGCACUUAUUGCCAGGAUAGCCCUCAAUUCGGAGGUCCUGGUGUGAAAAAACAGUCUUGUGUAGAGCGUCGAUGCCUGAGGGUAUUAGAGAAUCGACUUCAAAGGGAUGCCCCAACUUUCAAGGCUCGGGUUGGAUGUAAUCAAUGUGAAGAUUGCAAAUUGCCGGAUUGUCAGACAUGCCUGGUUUGUUUGGACAAGAGAUUUUUUGAUAAUCGAUACAUGACUGGUGCUUUAUGUGCGAAGAAACGAUGCAAUAAUGCGACGAGUUUGGAGUUGCCGAUUCAAAAUAACAAUGAUAGAAAUGUAAGUAAUUGUAAACAGUAAUUACAUUUUAAAAGUUAAAAAGUAAUUCCAUAUUGUAAUCAUUUUUUCAGUCAAUGAAACGCUCCUACGACCACAGUAAUAACUUUGAAUAUGGUGGGAAAAGAAUGAUGAAUUCGAACGGAAUGCCCGGCCCCCAGGUUAUGAUGCAACGACAGAUCAUGCCCAUGAUUCCACAGGAUCCUUAUGCGAUCGUCCGACUUCAGAAUAUCCAGCAGAUGCCCCAACAACAGAUGCAGAUCAACAUGCAGCAAUUUAAUUCGAAUAGGUAAGAUCAUAUUUUUGAUACACUUAUGAUUUUUGCAUGUUUAUUUUAUAAUAAUUUUGUUUUCAGUCUUCUGAUGCCAAUGAACCUUCCACCGAACUCAAUAUCAGAGAAUUCGUUGAUGAAUCACAACUCCCUUCUUCCUCUCAAAGAUCCGUCGAUAAACAAGCAGGACUCCCUUGAUAUGAAUCCCCCCACUCCCAACUCUCUGUCCACUCCGACUUCGUCAAUGAAUCUUUCGAAUCCUCUGAAUACUCAGUGUAAUAUCCAAUCCAAUCUCCAACAAUCAGUCCCUUCCACUCAAAAUCUUCUAAUGAAUAACACCAUCAUGACCUCCUCGAGUCCGGCAAUGUAUUCGUUCAGUCCCAUCAACAAUAUCAACAGUCCUUACAUGCCCUAUUCGAAUACGCCGCCAAAUUUUAUGCCAAAUGAUAAGAUGUUUUAUGGGGAAUAUCAUGAUAUGAAACAGGGGCAGAACGGGGUCGACCCCUUCACCCCACCCAGUUAUGCCCCCGAAACAAAGAGUGCGGUCAUCCUACAACAACUGUAG